GAUGUAGUUUGAUGAGUAGUUAUUUUUCGAAGAAAAACACGAUUCCAAAGAGUCAUCUAUGUGCAUUGUUUUUAGCUAAAAAAUUCAUAGAUGAUGACUCGGCUGUUUCAUUGGUCAUUCUGUACUUCAUUAAUGAUUUUUUGUUUUCAUAUGAGGACAACGAAUAUCAAAUUAGCAAUAGAGAUUUUUACCUUGUGGAAAGUGGAAAAUUCAAUUCAUAUCUAUGGGGUUUAGAUGUCUACAAAAAGUUGUCUGAUUCUGUGAGACAUGAGCUUAAGUCAAAGCAUAAAUACUAUCGAAUUGGUGGCUUGCCUCUUGCUCUUCAAAUUUGGAUAUUUGAGUGUUGUUCAAAGGUUGAUGAAGAUAUAGUUAUUCGUGUUGCUGAUUCUAUUCCAAGAAUCUUGAAUUGGAAGACAAUUGCAGAAAGUCUAUGAUUAAAAUAUAUUGAGAAAUGUCUCUUCAGGCCUACAAAAAAUAAGGUAUUUUUACAAAGUUAAUAUACUUUAUUACAUUGUUUAUUUCAACUCAAGUUACUAUAUCUAAUUUAUUUUUUGUAUUUAAUUUUUGAGACAAAACAUCCUUUUUUAUAUGCAAUCGGAGGAGAUGAUGAAUCUGAUUUGAUCGAUUCAUUCACUAAGUGGCUUUAUAUGGGUACAAAAAAGAGGUAAUUUAAUUUUGAUGUUUUUUGGAUAAUAUUCCUAAUUUAUAAUAUAUGCAAGCUUAAUUCAACUUGUGGAACAUUCUGUACCUCUUCUUUAGUUUCGUAUUUGCCUCUUUUUUAGUUGUUGUCGUCUCGGUUUUGAGUAUUUUUUAAUUUUUGUUCUGUUUUGAUAGGGGAAAGAAACCUUAUACAAAUGCUCUUCAUGUUAUCAAUCCAACAUUUGAAUUGGAUAUCUGUACGGUAGAUGAAAGACUCUGGUUUUACAAAUUGACACUUCUGGACAACAAUAUAUAAAUUUUAGUUGGACGUUAAUAUUUCUUUGAUUCUUUUUGUUUCUCAAUCUUGAGUUUGCUUUUGUCUCUUCAUAAGAGUACUUCAAGGAUAUUCUGUGAUACUUUCACAAUUGAAAUUAUAAAAACUGAUGAAAAUCUUGUUGCAGACUACCUAUCGAGAAAAAGGAACUCAAACUGAACCAGAUACAAUAGAAGAAGUACUCAAAGCCAUUACUACACUUUCUACGAAGGUGGACAGUAUGGAAAAAGAGUUACAAAAUCUAAAAGCUAAUAGUCAGCAGCAUGACUAUAAAUAUGCGGAGCUACGCCAACAUGCAGAGUUACAUCGAUCGGAAGACGCAAAAAUUCCAGAACUAGAAGGAGAUGUUGGGAAACUCCUUAAAACCCAUAACAUUAACAUUGCUAAUGUUGCAGGUACAAGUACAACAGCUAUGGAAAAAACUACAUCAAAAAAUACAAACCUAAACAGCUUAUUUACAAAACCAUUUAUUCCAAAGGCACAGAUAGUAGAAACCCUAACACCACAAACAUCUACAUAUGCAGCCAGCCUACACAAGGAAAAGAAAAUAUAUAACCAUAUAUCCCAAACUUACAUUGAAAACCUUUACAAAAUUCAGACUUUUUUAAAUCUCAAACCCAAAUCUACCACAACUACAAAAAAAACCAAGGAUUAUUUAACCCAAAAAUUACAAGGCUAUAACAAGUUAAUUGCACAACCUAAAACCAACCCAAACUUAGUUAAAACCUGUUACAACUAUGGAUUACUUAAUACUGUAUAUACAUAUGAUGGAACAGAGAUAAGUGGAAUCCUGGAGAUCCACAAAGCCUUUUUAAUAUACAAAAGAAUUACAAAAGGAAAUUUAUUUUUUAUAAAAUUUUAUACGACACCAGCUGAGAUACUUUAUGACGAGAUAAAACCAAUGAUCCAGAUAGUAAAAAUUGGAUUAACACGAGAAAUGAUAAUACCUGAAGACAUAAGGCAACAACCAGAGAUACCAAAAGUUGAGAUACCCAGUUUUUAUGCAAAUAAAAGAAUAAUUGGUUUAUCAACUAUCAUACAAGAAUUGACUAACAACUAUCUACAAGGAAAUGCUAUAUGGAGCUACUAUUCAAGAGAUCAUUUAAUGAUAUAUGCCAAUUCACGAGAGAUAAGACAAACAGAUAUGGAGGAAGUCCAGAAAUGUUUUUUAUCCUUAUUAAAACCAGAAGCUACUCCAACAACUAGAGCGAUAAUACAAGGAUUCAUCUCCGAAGAACUAAUGACAAGAUAUUGCAAGCUAAUUGGUCACAAAUAUCCAGACCAUAUAUGUUCCAAGUGCAACCAAGGUGAUGACAUAAUUCCAGACGUACAACUGGAGUAAGCUGAGAAGAAGAAGAUAAGGAAAAAUAGACAUAAAAAUAUAUGUACAAAAUUAGUCAUAGUCAUUGUCGGUCAUUUGGCCAAAGUUUAUUUUGUCUUCUUGUAAAAAGUCGUAAAGUAAAUAGUGUCAAUAGUGUCAGUAGGUCCUAAUCAUAAAUAGUAAGAGUCAAGUUACUGUGUAAAUAGUAAAGUUCAAGUAACUGUGUAAAUAGUAAAGGCCAAUUGUCUUUUAGUAAAGAUGAAAGGUCAUUAUGUAUGUGUAUAAAUAGAGGGUUUCCCCUCAUAAAUAAAAUCAUCAAUCUUCCAAUCAAUCCUCCACCAUCCUCUUCUCUCUACAAUAUUUUCUUUUUUCCGCUUCCAUCCAAAAAUUGGACUAUGGAGAAAUCUGGAGCUACAAAUCUACAAAAUCAGGUAUACACUCUUAAAUUUAUGAGUAGCUAAAUAAAUUUAUUCCUGAAAAUCUCUUGUUGAUUAUAAUUGUUUAUCAUGACUUAAUAAUGCUCUAAUAAGCAUCUUUAGAAGGUUUUCUACAGAAAUAUCCUUCGAAUAAGUAUGCCCAGACUAUGCCAUCCUAAGAUUGAAACCGGUAGGCAAGAAGGCCGUUUAGGGGAGUAAACAAAGUUGAGGCGCUGUUAGGGUA